CCCGCAGCCACCACAAUUCCGCGGCACCCCUCCGAUCUCUCGCUCCCCUAACGCUCCCGCUCCCACCGCCUCCCUCCACGCGCUAGCUCCUCCCACCACCGCCCCCGACGCCUUCCGUCCAGUCCUCCUCCUCCUCCCCUCUCCCGUACGUCUAGGCGCCGGCGGUUGGAGCGAGCGCGCGAUCCAUAGAUGGCGCCUGCUCCUCCGAAGAAGCUGGUGUACAGCUUCGUGGCGCGCGGCACGGUGGUGCUGGCCGACCACGCCGAGGUCUCCGGCAACUUCGCCUCCGUCGGCACGCAGUGCCUGCAGAAGCUGCCGCCAUCCAACAAUCGCCACUCGAUCAACUGCGAUGGGCACACCUUCAACUACCACAUCCACGACGGAUUCACAUAUUGUGUUGUUGCUACUGAGGCUGCUGGUAGGCAGCUUCCGAUCGGCUUCAUCGAGAGGGUUAAAGAAGAUUUCACCAAGAAAUACAGCGGAGGAAAAGCCAAAACUGCUUCUGCCAACGGCCUCAAGAGAGAAUAUGGGCCUAAACUUAAAGAACACUUGAGGUACUGUGACCAGCACCCUGAGGAGAUUGAUAAACUUGCAAAAGUGAAGGCUCAAGUCUCAGAGGUGAAGGGAGUCAUGAUGCAAAACAUCGAAAAGGUGCUAGAUCGUGGUGAGAAAAUCGAACUACUUGUCGACAAGACAGAGGAUCUCCGUUCGCAGGCACAAGAUUUCAAGAAGCAAGGAACAAAGAUACGGCAGAAGAUGUGGUGGGAGAACAUGAAGAUAAAGCUCAUCGUUUUCGGCAUCGUCGUCGCGCUGAUCCUCCUCAUCGUCUUGACGGUUUGCAAUGACAUCAGAUGCUGGUGAGGUGGCUGGAGAGUGCACGGCUCACCUCACUGUCUAAACUACUCCGUACUGAUUAUAGCCUUCAGUUUGACGUUGCAUUGCUGAAGAAAAGGAAAGGAACACGGGAAAGGAAAUAAGGAGGGGAUGGCAUGCUGCUACACCAUACCUAGAGAGCGUUGUUUCUAAGAAAACCACAUAGAAGGUGCAUCGCUUGAUGAUAGAAUCCGUCAGUUUGAUGUUGUCAUUGUCGCUUACCACAUUGUUUAGUAGUUAUAUAUAUCUAGACCCAAAGGCUCGCAAUAUAUAACAGAGCCAACGUCCCAGUAUUUAUUCUACAUUGCAAUGCUAGUAUCAUACUCUGUAUAAUUCAGAUGAGGUACAUUUGGUGCAGUUCUGUGCAGAGAUCUGGUCUCCAUACCCUUUGCUUC